CGCUGUGUUAUUUUGAAGCCUCUACUUAGUCGAGGAAUUACUCGGUCAAGAUCUCUAGUCAAAAACAAACAGGAACAGGGCUAAACAACUAACACGCGUGGCAAAAAUGAGCAACAUAUACAUCCAAGAGCCUCCAACAAAUGGAAAGGUACUCCUUAUCACAACAUGUGGAGAAAUCGAUAUUGAGUUGUGGUCAAAAGAAGCUCCUAAAGCCUGCAGGAAUUUCAUCCAGCUUUGCUUAGAGGGAUAUUACGAUGGCACUAUUUUCCACAGAAUUGUCAAAGGUUUUUGUAUUCAGGGAGGUGACCCAACUGGAACAGGAACAGGUGGAGAAUCCAUAUAUGGACAGCCAUUCAAGGAUGAAUUUCACCAAAGGCUUCGUUUUGUGCGAAGGGGACUGGUUGCAAUGGCCAAUGCUGGUCCUAAUGAUAAUCAGAGUCAGUUCUUUUUCACUCUUGGAGCCACAGUUGAGUUGAAUGGCAAGCACACUAUUUUUGGCAAGGUUGCAGGAGACACAAUCUAUAACAUGCUUAAGAUGGAGGAUUGUGAAGUUGACAGAGAUGACAGACCUCUUUUCCCACCAAAAAUUAAAAGAACAGAGGUGUUACAUAACCCCUUUGAUGACAUUGUUCUAAGGCAGAAAAAGGAGGAGAUGAAACCAAAACCUGAAGAUCAAAAAAAGAGAAAAGUUAAAGGAACAAAAAACUUUAGCUUGUUGUCAUUUGGUGAGGAGGCAGAAGAAGAUGAAUCAGAUGUGGCUUCAGUAGCAAAGACAUUGAAAAUGAAAAGCAGUCAUGAUGUGCUGAAGGAUCCAAAGCUGAGCUCACAACCAGUUCUUGAAACUACAGCUUCAGUGGUGAAGGACAAGAAGAAAGCUAAGCCUGUGGAUUCAGAUGAUGACAGUGAUGAGAAGAAUAUCGAUGAACAAGAUUUUGACUCACACAUGCGAGAUAAUGUGCGAAAUAAACUAAUGAAAAGAAAGGCAGAUAAUGAUGAUGAUGAUAAUGAUGACGAUGAAAUUAAAAGAAAACAACAAUCUGCAAUGAGCAAGCAGCAAGAAGAUUCUGGAUCCAAGAUCCCUUCUGCCCGUGCCGAAUAUAAACGCCUUAAGCGAGAGAUGAUGGAGACAAAAACAAAGAAAGACGAAAAAGAGAAGACAUCCUCAGAGUCAAAAGAAUCCGAUGUCCUGGCCGCAUUUCAUGCUGAACAAAAGAUUUAUCUUGAGAAGAAGAAAACGAGUCAAAAGAGAAAAGGAGAAGGGAGAGAUGAACAGACCCUCGCGCUGUUGGCGUCUUUUCAAACCAAACUGAAUGGGUCUGAGGAAAUUGAGGAAGAAGAAAUCGAUGAUAACGAAGCAGAAAACGAAGAUGAUGACACAGGAUGGAUGACUCACUCUCUGCGAUGCGAAACUCAACAAAAACUGGCCAGGGAUGCUUACAUCGAAGACGAAGACACGUUUGAAAUAUUUGAUCCACGAAAUCCCAUCAAUAAAAGGCGACGGGAAGCAAGCAAAAAAGCCAUGAAAGACAAACGAAGAUGACACUAAGGCAGAGCUGGAAGAUUUGUAAGUAAAGCAGUCCAGGGAACAAGCGCCGUUUUUUUCGUAAAUCCUCGUGAAAACACCCGAAGAGUUGCCGAGUCCUGUAAGCCAAUCAGAUAACUACUCGUACACCACAAGCUAUUACGUCAGCUUAUCGUCAUAACGACACGUCUUGCUAAACAACAGGAUUGCGACCAAAAGGCCCUUGUUCCACUGUGUGACAAGUAACUUUUAGUUGUGUGCUAGGAGUGAUGUUCAACUCUUCAUGGAUAUGCGCGCUACAAAUUUCAGCAACAAUUGUCCUGUUUUCUUGAAGUAUUGGAUUGAAACUGGAUAAAUCCUGAUAUAGAAGACUGGCCUGCUGGUUUGAACGAUUUCUGUUUAUAUUCAACCCGCUCAACUUUGACAUUGUAGUAACAAGGUAUCAGUUGACAAAACUCUGGAAAAUCAUCCUGAAAAAAGAGAAGAAAGAAAGCUUGCACCGAAUGCAUCGAUACAAAGCAAUUCCAAACUGUUCCUUACGCGAGGAAUAGAAACAAUCCGAUGUCAUUUGUUCCUGUCUGGAAACCUGAUGGUCAUAUAACAAGAUAGAUUUUAUGUAUCACAAUCACUUUAGUUUGCACGAAUUUAGAGCUCAAGAGACAAUAUAUUUUUUACACUCCAUUUGCUGGUGUAGAAAUAGCGAAGCUCGUGUGUAUCUGACGAGAAAGAAAACUGUUUUUAUUUGCGCUUGAAAUCAGUGGCACAGGAAUGUUCUGUGCGUUGUAUAGAAGUCGUUUGUAGCUGGUAAAAGUUUGAAUCACCUAAGUUUUAAACAUAAUAAAUGUUACUACAGCAUCGAC